UUACAUACGCGCUAUCAUACUCUGGAAGUCUCUCAGAAAGACAAAUACGCAAUCGAAGCGAGUCGCGAUAGCUUAAGCACUGGAGUGCUUUUGGUGAAGCAAACAAAAUUUUACUAAUAAAUAUUCUAUUGAAAUAGUGCUUAAAAUCGAAUAAUUAUAUUAAAAUAAAGUAUAUUUUUUAGAUCUUUUGUAUGCAGUACAUUUGAAAAGUGUGUUUUACAAUGUUUAACAACUAAAUUGCUAUUUGUUGCGUAUAUGUACUGCCUUUGUUGAUGAAAUAAUCGUUAUCUUCUUGGACUUUCACUUUGAUGCAGUAUAGCUAGACAUUCCAUUGCUUGCUUUACACAAAUAAGUAAACACAAGUCGCAAUGGGCUCUUCAACGUCACGCAACGCAACGUCUAGCUUUCCAUCGCACGAUGAUCCAGCGUACCGGAAAUGCCAGGAGCUGAAAAUGGAACGUUGGAUACAACUGCACUACCAAAUAAAAGAGCGCGAAAUGGCCACCUAUAUUGCUGGUAAACGUGAACUGUUCUACUGGUUGAGCGCCUUCUAUAUCACCUCUAGCAUCGGGUGUUGGCAGUAUUAUCAGUCGAUAAGACGGAAGGCUGCUUUACUCCCAAUGAUUCCCUUGACCUUUGUGAUGGCAUAUUAUGCCGAUUUGGCGUACGGCAGCAAAGUGCAUCGUAUUCAAGCUGAAGCUAAUAUGAUAUUGGAGCAUGAAAAUGAGCUAUUACACUGGCCUGGAGGUUUGCCAACAGUAGCAUCGUUGGAUGAGGCACGCGUAGAAAAUGAAAUCGAAAAGAAAUUGCACCCACAUCCUUCAUAGACUUAUCCACUUUCCUUAUAUUUGUAUUUUCCAUGCUACUGAAGUUUUUUACAUACAUUGCUCAAUCAAUUUCAUUAAUAUAAUAUAAUGUUUAUGUGCGAGUAUUUAAGAAUUUUAAAAUUUCUCUUUGAAAUUUCAAUAAUAUUAACGAUAUAUAAAGUUUGAGACAAUAUUUUAUUUACUUGUAAGAUUUACCAUUUUCUAAAUGUAUUUACAAUAUUUGCUAAAUAUGUACUUAUAUAGAGAGAUAAUUACAAUCACUCUAGCAGCUUAAACAUCUUGUUAUUACUCAUUUCCUUAGCAUUGUCCAUAAUAAGCUCUUUUAAACUUAAAAAUAAGAGGCAGUAGCAAAGUUUGAUUCUUAACGCACUCAAAAAUGAAAUUUUAUGUAACUGAAAAAUGUUA